UGUAGUUGCUCAGAGAGAGGCAGAGAACAGCUGAAAUAAACGAAACAAAGUGCGGUAGAAAAUUGAAGUAGUUGCUGCAGUGUAGCUUGAUAUCCGAUGUGUAGAGCACGACCAGUACGACAGAGUUGUACAGUGGGUUCGAUGUGCACAAGUGUGCACUGUCCCGUCUAGUUCAAGAGGCUAAUACUCACGGCCUCUUUACAUUUUGUCUCAAGCUAAAACUCGUGUUCAUCUAAAAUUUCUAGUUAUUUGUAAGUUUAAAUAACAAAUAAGUAUAAUUAUCUACUGAACAAGCCAAUAAGAGGUCGUAAUUGUGGUGACAAAGUUAUUGAGACUGAUUAUUUGUGAAAAGUUAAAAGUGGGACAUGGCUCUUGGGUCCCAAGUUGAAGCAAACGGCGAGGAUGGUGCCGUCCAAAUCCCAAUGGUUAAUGGAAAAGACAAACGUGUUGAUGACACGCCGAAAGAUGAUGAAGCUAAUGUCAGUAAUGUCAGUGAAAAUGUGUUGGAAAAAGGCGAGGUAGAGGCCACCAAAGAAAGUGAAAAAGAAAAAGAUAAAGAUGAAAAAGAAAAAGAAGAUGACAAAGAAAAAGAUGGUGAACAAGAAGUGGUUUUUAUCCAGGACAUGGGAUUUACAGUCAAAAUCGUUAGUCCUGGAGCAGAACCAUUUGAUAUCCAAGUAUCCAGCAUGGAAUUGGUCCAAGAAAUUCAUCAAUUACUUAUGGAUCGUGAAGAUACGUGUCAUCGAACCUGUUUUUCUCUACAACUAGAUGGAAACACAUUGGACAAUUUUGCUGAACUUAAAAAUAUUGAAGGUUUAAAAGAAGGUUCUAUUAUUAAAGUUGUUGAAGAACCUUACACUAUGCGUGAAGCUCGAAUUCAUGUCAGACACGUGCGUGAUUUAUUGAAGUCUGUCGAUCCAGCAGACGCUUAUAAUGGUGUUGAAUGCAGUAGUUUGUCGUUUCUAAAUGUGGUUACCAAUGGAGACAUUCUAGAAAAGAAAAAGAUGCGAACUGAUGCUGUGGAUUGUACACCACCUGAUUAUAUUAUACCUGGAUCUAAAGAAAGGCCACUUUUGCCACUUCAACCACAAGCUAAAGAACAAAAAUGCCCUCCUUGUUUAAAGGUGUUGACUACAUCGGGUUGGAAUCCACCACCUGGGUACAGAAAGCUCCAUGGAGAUUUGAUGUAUUUACAGGUAAUUACUUUAGAGGACAAGCAGUAUUUCAUAACUGCGUGUGGACGUGGUUUCUUCGUUAAUCAAUCAUCUAAAGAAACUUUCAAUCCAAAACCAGCAACACCAAGUCACCUGUGUCAUAGUUUAAUUGAGUUACUUAAUCAACUCAGUCCGGCAUUCAAACGUGGCUUCGCUGCUAUGCAACGUCGUAGAACUCAGCGACAUCCUUUCGAAAGAGUUGCAACGCCUUAUCAACUUUAUUCGUGGUGUGCUCCACAAACAGAACAUACUAUUGAUGCUAUUCGAGCAGAGGAUACUUUCUCAGCAAAGUUAGGUUAUGAAGAACAUAUCCCAGGUCAAACACGUGACUGGAAUGAAGAGCUUCAAACUACUCGAGAGCUUCCAAGAAAAAAUUUGCCUGAAAGACUUUUAAGAGAGCGUGCGAUUUUUAAAGUACAUAGUGAUUUUGUUGCUGCAGCAACGCGUGGUGCUGUUGCUGUGAUAGAUGGCAAUGUUAUGGCUAUUAAUCCUGGUGAAGAGCCCAAAAUGCAAAUGUUUAUAUGGAAUAAUAUAUUUUUUUCACUUGGCUUUGAUGUUCGUGAUCACUAUAAAGAACUUGGUGGUGAUGCUGCAGCUUUUGUUGCACCUAGAAAUGAUCUUCAAGGUGUUCGUGUUUAUGCAGCAGUUGAUUUGCCAGGGCUUUAUACCUUAGGAACAGUUGUUAUUGAUUACAGAGGAUAUCGUGUUACUGCUCAAUCAAUUAUUCCAGGAAUACUUGAAAGAGAACAGGAACAAUCAGUCGUCUAUGGAUCUAUUGAUUUUGGCAAAACGGUUUUAAGUCAUCCGAAGUAUCUCGAAUUAUUAAAUAAAGCUGGCCAACAACUUAAAAUUUUACCCCACAAAGUAAUAAAUGAUGCUGGGGAAGAAGUAGAAUUAUGCAGUAGUGUUGAAUGUAAAGGAAUCAUUGGCAAUGAUUCUCGUCAUUAUGUACUUGAUUUAUUAAGAACUUUCCCUCCAGAUGUUAAUUUUUUGAAACUCGAGGGCGUUGAACUAAGUAAAGAAGCAAGAGCACUAGGAUUUCCAGUGGAACACAAACAUCGAUUGGCAUGCCUACGUCAAGAAUUGAUCGAUUCGUUUGUCGAGUUUCGUUAUGUUCAAUUUAUUAAAGAUGCUGCAUCUAAUCUUCAUCGAGUAACGUCUUCUCGUUUGUCUCAACACUUAGAGAAAUUCAAUGAAUACAAACCAAAAGAUGAAACUAAAACGGCGAAAGAAGAAUCGAGUACUCCAGUUGUAAUUGAUAGUAAUAAAGAAGAUGAAUCAAAUAUCGAGGCUGACGAAGCUAAAAAAAUAGUUGAAAGCAUAACGCAUUCAAUAACUGGAGGAGAAAAACAAGAACUGGAAGAAAGUAGUAAAGAAAUUGUUCAUCGAGCAGCAGCAGCUGUAGGAAGCCUACGUGAAGCAGAGUUUUAUGUUAAAUUUAAUCCUGAUGUCUAUUCACCAGGUGUGAAACAUCCGGAUCCAAAUGGAGAAAGUUUGAAAAAACAACGUCAAUUAGUACGUGAUGCUGCUGAUUUCUUGUUGACUGUACAGUUGCCUACAUUUAUUCGUGACUGUUUAGAUCAUACCGCUGCAGCCAUGGAUGGAAGUACUCUUGUUGAAGCUCUUCAUAGUCGGGGUAUUAAUGUUCGUUAUCUUGGAAAACUUGCUGCUAUGCUUGCUAUUGUUCCUCAACUUAAAUAUCUUCACCGUAUUGCGGUUUCAGAGCUUAUUCUUCGAUCUGCAAAACACGUGUUUACAUCUUACAUGCUAGGAACAGAAUUAAUGAGUCUUUCUGCAGCAAUAAGUCAUUUUCUAAACUGUUUAUUGUCUUCGGCACAACUUACUCAUCCUCAACUAAAUCUGGAAGAAUUGCAGAGUAAAACCGCCAAAAGACGCAACAAAAGAAAAGGCAGAAAUAAUGGAGCUCAUCAAUUUGAGGUCGAGUGGGCAAGUUUGACACCUAAAUCACUUUGGCAACAAAUCAAGGCCGAUUUAAAGAGCUAUUACGAUUGGGAAACACCUACUCCAGAAUCACUAGAUGCUACUAUUGACCAUUUUAAUUUACAAAAAAUUUCUCUUCUGCGAGGAUUCUGUAUCAAAACUGGCAUUCAAAUACUUCUUCGUGAAUAUAAUUUUGAAAAUAAAAAUAGAGCUACAUUCUUUGAAGAAGACAUUCUCAACAUUUUUCCUGUAGUUAAGCAUAUUAAUCCACGUGCAAGCGAUGCUUACAAUUUUUAUACAACUGGCCAAAGUAAAAUUCAACAGGGCUACCUCAAAGACGGCUAUGAACUCAUCAGUGAAGCCUUAAAUUUACUUAAUAAUGUCUAUGGAGCAAUGCAUCCUGAAAUAGCUCAGUGUCUUCGAAUGUUAGCAAGACUGAACUAUAUUAUGGGCGAUCACGGUGAAGCUCUCGCAGCACAACAAAAAGCAGUUUUAAUGUCUGAACGAGUGAGUGGGAUUGAUCAUCCCUACACCAUUACUGAGUAUAUUCACUUAGCUCUUUAUUCAUUUGCCAAUGGUCAGGUAUCAGUAUCAUUAAGAUUGUUAUACAGAGCUCGUUAUUUAGCUUUACUCGUUUGCGGCGAAGAUCAUCCAGAGGUUGCUCUUAUUGAUAGUAAUAUUUCGCUCAUUCUCCAUGCCGUUGGGGAAUAUGAGCUUUCACUACGCUUCCUAGAACAUGCCUUAGCACUCAACUUACAUUAUCAUGGACCACGUUCUCUUAAAGUUGCUGUAUCUUAUCAUUUAGUAGCAAGAACGCAGUCUUGUAUGGGUGAUUUCCGAGCAGCCCUUAAUAAUGAAAAAGAAACUUAUGCAAUUUAUAAACAGCAAUUGGGAGAAGAACACGAAAAAACAAAGGAAAGCAGUGACUGUUUAAGACAUUUGACUCAGCAAGCAGUAGUACUUCAGAAGAAAAUGAAUGAAAUCUACACAGGAAAAUCUGGUGUCAGUCUACCACCUAUUCAAAUCCAACCUCCCAGUAUGGGAUCAGUGCUAGAUAUGCUCAACGUUAUCAAUGGAAUUUUGUUUGUUCAAAUUAGUCCGCAAGAUAUUGAAAAUUUAAAGGCAGAAAUUGAAAAACGACAAAAAGAACAGGUGCCUGAAAGUGAUGUUAAAUCUCGUCAAGAUAGUAAAAAUGCUACAAAACUAACCAAUGAUAAGACAGAAAAAUUACUCACUAUUACAGAAGAUACUGUAACAAAUAAUGUAGACACAACUAAUGAGACUCGAAAACCAAUAUCUACAGAUAGCUGAACUCAAUUUUAAUUAUUCGAUCAAUCGAAUUAUCUAUCUACAUCUAAGAUCUACAAAAAAUAAAA